GAUCGCGAGCGCCGCGGCAACGACCGCGACCGCCGCGGAGAGGACCGAGGUCGCGACGGCCGGGAGGGCCGUGGUGGCGAUGAAGAUCGUCCUGACCGGCGCUACGCCGCGGCCACCACGCCCACCUUGCGACCCAGGCCGGGCCAGGAGGAGCGUGGAG